GUUCACUUUCGCGACAGUUCAGGAAGCGUCUACGAACAGCUACAGAUACAAACAAGAGUCGGUGCUUUCUCCUGUCCAGGAGUGCAGCAAAGCAGCACCAUGUUGCCGACCACCUCGCCGCACACAAACGGCGCCCUCGGUUCCAGGGACGCUGCACGUCACACGGCAGGUGCAAAGCGCUACAAGUACUUGCGGCGGAUGCUCCACUUCAAACAGAUGGAUUUUGAAUUUGCCAUGUGGCAGAUGCUUUACCUUUUCACGUCCCCGCAGAGAGUCUACAGAAACUUUCACUACAGGAAACAGACCAAGGAUCAGUGGGCCAGAGACGACCCGGCUUUCUUGGUGCUGCUCAGCAUCUGGCUCUGUGUGUCGACGAUAGGCUUCGGUCUGGUUUUGGACAUGGGGGUUCUGGAGACCCUGAAGCUGCUGCUGUGGGUCGUCUUUGUUGACUGUAUAGGUGUAGGUCUUCUCAUAUCAACUCUUAUGUGGGUCAUCACCAACAAAUACCUGCUGAAACAUCCGAGCAGGAACUUUGACGUGGAGUGGGGCUACUCGUUCGAUGUUCACCUCAACGCUUUCUACCCUCUUCUAGUCAUCCUGCAUUUCCUGCAGCUCUUCUUCAUCAACCACAUCGUGGUGAUAAACUACGAUUGGUUUCCAGGAUAUUUCAUCGGGAACACUUUCUGGUUGAUCUCCAUCAGUUAUUAUCUUUACAUCACGUUCUUAGGGUACAACGCUCUGCCGUUCCUGAACAACACGGUGGUGCUGCUGUACCCGUUCGCUCUGCUCGCCCUCCUCUACGUCCUCUCACUCUCUCUGGGCUGGAACUUCACCAAAGGUCUCUGCUGGUUCUACAAGUUCAGAGUCCAGUAGAACCAGUUGGUCUCUGAGCUCGGACACUCUUUCUCCAGCUGGUGAAGACGACUCGGACUAUUUGACUCUUUGAUUUUCUGUUUGGCUCUUUUGUUGAGCCGGGAGUGAAUGAUGUGCUCGGACUAGAAACAGCAGGAUGGAUGAUUAACGGCUUUUAUCGUUGUUCUUUUUGUAUGAUUUGUAAAUAGUGUCUCGGCAGGUUUGUGAUGUAAACAACAACGAUUGUUUCUUUAAAAAAAACAAAAACAAAGAUGUCAUCCUGCUCAUUGGGGAGAAAAAAUGAAAGUGGAAGAACGUGUGAUGCAAACUUUAUUUCUCCUUUUCUUUUUUCUUAAAGUGUACAUUCCAGAGCACUUUCAAUAAAAGGUUUUAUUAACUUAAGCCGCCUCACUUUGAA